AUGGUCAAAAUUCUUUACCUUUUUCAAAUACCCUAAUCGGUUUUUUUUCUUUCAUAUACAUGAUCUUGGCCUUUUUGCUUUCUUUCUCUGUUGGAAUUCUCUGUAGUAGGUUUAAUUUAUCAUUUAUUCUGAUGGAAAUAGAAAGCGGGAUCGCUCUUGGAUAUCGAUCUUGAAUGUUCUUCUUUUCCUUCCGUGGGAAAAUUUUAAUCUCGGAUCUUUUGGGAAGCCAUUGAUAAGCUCUUUUUUGGGUUGAUUUUUCACUCUCAGAGGUCUGAUAUUCGAGACGGAUAGAAGAUAAAAGAAAAGGGCAUGGGAGGUUCGAAGACGGAAGGGGGCACCUCUUCCUCAACCCCUUUAAUUACAAAUCGUAGAGACCCAUAUGAGGUUUUGAGUGUUUCAAGAGAUUCUUCUGAUCAGGAGAUUAAAUCUGCUUAUAGAAAACUUGCUCUCAAGUAUCACCCUGACAAAAAUGCUAGUAAUCCUGAAGCCUCGGAAUUAUUCAAGGAGGUUGCCUAUUCUUACAGCAUUUUAUCCGACCCAGAAAAAAGAAGACAAUAUGAUAAUGCGGGGUUUGAGGCUCUUGAUGCUGAGGGCAUGGACAUGGAAAUUGAUUUAUCAAACCUUGGAACUGUGAACACAAUGUUUGCAGCAUUGUUCAGUAAGCUUGGAGUUCCUAUUAAGACAACUAUUUCAGCCAAUGUUCUCGAGGAAGCUUUAAAUGGAACCGUCACAGUCAGACCCCUUCCGAUAGGAACGUCAGUUAGCGGAAAGGUGGAGAAACAAUGUGCACAUUUUUUUGGUGUUACGAUAAGUGAAGAACAAGCUCAAGCGGGGAUUGUUGUUAGAGUUACUUCAGCUGCACAAAGCAAAUUUAAGCUACUUUAUUUUGAGCAAGAUAAUGGAGGGGGAUAUAGUCUGGCGUUACAGGAAGAUAGUGAGAAGGCUGGUAAGGUGACAGCCGCGGGGAUGUAUUUCUUGCAUUUUCAAGUAUACAGAAUGGAUUCAACUGUCAAUGCCUUAGCAAUGGCCAAGGAUCCUGAAGCUGCUUUCUUUAAAAAGUUGGAAGGUCUUCAACCAUGCGAGGUCUCAGAGCUAAAAUCUGGCACUCACAUAUUUGCCGUUUACGGAGAUAACUUUUUCAAAACAGCAUCUUAUACGAUAGAGGCUGUUUGUGCCACCACAUACGAGGAUACGACACUUAAGCUCAAGGAUAUUGAGCAGCAGAUUUUGAGAAAGAGAACCGAGCUACGUCAGUUUGAGACAGAAUACAGACAGGCUUUGGCAAGAUUUCAAGAAGUCACCAACAGAUACAGCCAAGAAAAGCAGAACGUGGAUGAGCUUUUAAAACAACGAGACAGUAUCCAAUCAUCGUUCACGGUUGGUAGGUCUAUGGUUGUAGGUGGUGGUGGUGGUGGUGGUCAAGUGAGUAAUGGAGGAGGAGGCGGCGGCAAUGGCAAAGUUUCCGGUGAAGGUGAAAGUAGCAGCAGUCCAGGGGCAGGUGAAGAAGGAAGCUCUGAUAGUAAGGCUAAGAAGAAAUGGUUCAACCUUAACCUCAAAGGUGGCGGUGGUUCGUCUGAUAAAAAGUCCGGUUGAUCAUCGGGUUCGAUACUGUUAACGAUGGCCUUAUUUCAUGAACCGAUACAUUUUAUUAUUAUUAUUAUUCAUGGUUUUUUUGCUGCUUUUAUAUGGGGUUGUUCUUGUUCAUAAUGGGUUGUUAAUCAGAUCAAAAUUGCUUAAAAAGAUUUGGAUGUUUAAGUAAUUAAUUAAUUAUUU